UCAGUUCGUUGUUUCAUUUUCAUUUCAUUUCAUUGCUUGUCUUAUCAUAUCAUUCCACAUCUCUCCCACUCAAAGGCCAAAGCUUUGAAAUAAGAAAAACAGAUUCCAAGAGAUACAUACAGAAAUCUCCUCCAAUCGUUUUCUUCUAAAUGCCCCUCUGUAAUCAUAAUUCCCUUCAAUGAAGAAGCAUGACCAAGAAAUCCCCGCCAGUAGCCACGCGCCACGUACUAUGGCUGAGCUGGAAGCUGGUGGUCAUCCUCUCCGUCUUCCUCUGCCUCCUCGCUCUCUUCCGCCUCCACUCGCAGCCCGGCUUCCCAUAUUCUCCUUCUUCUUCAAUUUCUAGCGCGAGAUCUCGUCUUUAUCGCGAUAACGUCUUCGCCGGGCCCCCCAAGAUCGCCUUCCUCUUCCUCGCGCGCCGCAAUCUCCCGCUCGAUUUUUUCUGGGAGAGUUUCUUUGAGAACGCUGAUGCGGCCAACUUUUCGAUUUAUGUUCACUCGGCGCCGGGAUUGGCGUUCGAUGAGUCCACGACGAGGUCGCAUUUCUUCCACGGCCGCCAAUUGCGGAAUAGCAUUCAGGUAGGUUGGGGAGAGUCCACUAUGAUCCAAGCAGAAAGGUUGCUUCUUGAAGCGGCUCUUGAGGAUCCGGCAAAUCAGAGAUUCGUUCUUCUAUCUGAUAGCUGUGUUCCUCUGUACAACUUUAGCUAUAUAUAUAACUAUCUGAUGGCUUCCCCAAGGAGUUUUGUGGACAGCUUUCUUGAUGCGAAGGAGGGACGCUACAAUCGAAAAAUGUCACCAAAAAUACCAAUGAACAAAUGGCGAAAAGGAUCACAAUGGAUCACCUUGAUAAGAAGACAUGUGGAGGUCAUAGUAGAUGACGAGGUUGUCUUUCCAGUCUUUCACAAAUUUUGUGUGCGACGUCCUCCUGUAGACACCAGAAAGGGAAAGCUGAAUACUAAACUUCAGAAGCAGCACAACUGUAUCCCAGAUGAACACUAUGUGCAGACAUUGCUUGUGAUGAGCGAGCUUGAAAGCGAGCUUGAACGAAGAACGUUGACCUAUACUCUCUGGAACCAGUCUGCAAAUAAGAUGGAGAAUAGAGGAUGGCAUCCUGUUACAUUUAGCUAUGCAAAUGCAGGCCCUCAAAAGAUCAAGGAAAUUAAGAACAUCAACCAUGUAUACUAUGAGACUGAAUACAGGACAGAAUGGUGCAAGACAAAUUCUACAUCUGUUCCCUGUUUUCUUUUCGCGAGGAAAUUUUCUCAGGGUGCUGCCAUGCGCCUUUUGAGCGAGGGAGUGGUUGGUGACUUCGAUGCUUCUGCAUUGUUAGAACCCCGUCCAUGAUCAUUUGCUCAUUUUGUUGGAGCUUACUAACCUUCAACUAACCCAGUUGAAAUGAUACUAUUGGCUACAAAUGGGAGUCCUUCAUAGGCAGCAAGAUAUCUUUUACCAUCCACGCAACAGAUUUUGAUACUCAAGCUAGCGUUGCUGUGGCUCAUCGACUGAUGUUUUCAAAAGAUGAAUCGGAAGAUCGGGAUAGAUAAUAGGUAGUUGAAUAACGUCAUUAAAUUUGAAACCAUCUUGAGAUCUUCUGAGAUAGGUGUUUAUGCUUCUUGAUUGUAUGUGGCCCGUCACAUUAGUAUAUUCUAUACAUAAUUGAAAGUUCAAUAGAAUUAUGCUCCACUCCUUGUUUUGUUCACG